AUGAGCUCUAAACCGCAUGUUGGUAUCAUUGGCGCCGGGCUUGCGGGUCUACGCUGCGCCGAUAUCCUCAUUCAAAAUGGGGCACGAGUCACCAUCCUAGAAGCUAGGAAUCGCAUUGGUGGGAGGGUUUAUCAAGAUGAGCUGGAAGGUCAUGUAGUGGAUAUGGGCGCAAACUGGAUUCAUGGCCAGGGAGAGAAUCCUAUCAUGUCCAUGGCUCAGAGGACUCAGACUGCUACCUUUGAUCCUGAGGGUGGGAGUUUCCUCGUUUCUCGUGAUGGGAAGUUCGUCGGCGAGGAUCUCGGGACUAAGAUCUCGGAUUUUGUGUGGUCUACUAUCGCAGAAGCCUUCAAAUACAGCAAUGAACAUGGAGAGGGCAUUCCAACUGAAGAGAGCCUUUAUGAUUUCUUCCAAGUCAAGGUUCGGGAAACGAGCUUCUCCGAGGAGGAACGGCAGCUUGUUCUGGAUACUUGUAAACUCUGGGGUGCCUAUGUAGGCGAGCCUAUCGAAAGACAGAGUCUAAGAUUCUUCCGUCUGGAAGAAUGCAUUGACGGAUAUAACUACUUCGUAGCGGGAACCUACAAGCACAUCCUAGAGCAAGUCGCAAAGACAGCUCAAUCCCACGCCAACAUCAAACUAAACCACCCAGUCGUGAACAUCGAAGCUCCACCCCGCAACGUCAACGAAUCUAUAAACCAGCACCAAGUGACCGUGACAACAGAAUCAGGAACCCGCUUCACCUUCGACGACCUGGUAAUCACCUGUCCACUCGGUUGGCUAAAGAACAACAUGAGCGUAUUCACACCACCCCUCCCACCCCGCCUCCAACAAGCAAUAGAAAACAUCUCCUACGGCCGCCUCGAAAAAGUCUUCGUCAAAUUCCCCCACGCCUUCUGGCAAACAACCUCAACUUCGACCUCAAUCUCAACUGACGACCCUAACCUUCCCACAAACCCAACUUUCACUCAAUUCCUCGACCCAUCCUACGCACCACGCCCACAGCACCUAGAAUGGAAUCAGGAAUGUCUUUCAAUGGCCUCCCUCCCACACCCAUGCUCCCAACCAACCCUCCUAUUCUACACCUACGGCCCAGGAGGCGCUCACAUAGUCGAUAGCAUCGCGUCCCUCGACCCCUCAUCAUCGGAAUACAAGGAAACACUCAUAAAAACUCUCCGUCCCUUCUACUCCCGUUUACCAGGCUACGAUUCCUCGUCGCCGGACUGCGUGCCUAGUUCUAUUCUGGCGACCUGUUGGCAGAAAGAUCCGUACGCGGGGUAUGGAUCGUACUGCAAUUUUCAGGUGGGAUUGGAGGCGGGUGAUCGGGAUAUUGAGGCUAUGCGCUCUGGGGUGGGUGCUGGGGAGGAACGUGGUUUGUGGUUUGCUGGGGAACAUACGGCGCCUUUUGUGGCGCUGGGUACUACUACUGGGGCCUAUUGGAGUGGGGAGAGGGUUGCUGGGCAGAUCUGUGGGCGGAGGGGGUUGGGAGUUGGGGUUUAUGAGGGGAAGGAUGAUUUAUUGCCUUCGGGGAAGCUGUGA